CGUGUGUUGUUUACUGCACGAUGUAUCAUGCUAGCUUGCUACAUUUCCCUUUUCCUAUAGUUGAGUAAACUUCUAAACUCUUUACAAAAAAAAUGUCAAACAUUGUCUAUUUGUCUUUACCCCACUGGGAUGGAGGCUUCAAAAAGAUUCGUUUUAUUUACUUGGUCAAUGAUUCGUCUUUUACUCUGACAGAGUGUCCACGAAAGGGUGUGGCGGCGGUGCCUCUCUUUUUAGGAGCCGAUCUCUUCUCCAACACCGACAUCCGGCCCGAGAAUCAUCCCCGCUGUCACGCCAAAUAUGCCAGGAAAGGCCUGUCCACCAAAAUACAAUUUUCUUCCGCCUUUAGGUUCCGUGGCUUGAAGGUGCCCACGUCCAACAACGGCCUCUGGUUCUACAGCAUUCACGGGCUUUUUCGAGUGGCUUUUGAAACGUACACCAAGCAGGAGCAGCUUGCAGUGGUGGAGAACUUCCAGGACCUUUGGAAGUCUCAAAUAAACGACAGCCCGCUGAAGACGAGCUACAGCCUCAGCGAGCAGCUGGACGCCGGUCCCUCCGACACCAGGAUGGAUGGUCUGGAUCUGGAGGCCACCACAGCAAACAUCUCAAAAGAACACGAUCACUGCUACUUUUCACAGCAAAGGCGUCCGCUCGUGUUGACGCUCAGGAGUAAACUUCAGCGCUUGGACGCUAAACUUUCCUCCGAGGCCGAGAGCUUCAAAGAGCAGCAGUUGGAGACCCUCCUGCUUUUUUUGGACCACACGGAGCGAUGCCUCGGCGGGACGUUAGAGGAAAAAGACGUGGCGGACUCGGUGCUGGCGCUGCUCAAGUCCAAAGAGUGGAGCUGCGUUUAUUCCAGCCCCCUGCUGGACGCCGUCGCCCGGUGGCUCGGCCGCCAGUUCAGCUCGGCCAACGGGAGCGUGAGCCGCGGCGUGGAGGGCUUCAAGGAGCGGCACAUAGAGAGGAUCAGCGAGCUGCCGCCGGCCGAGGAAGUGGCCGCCGAGCUUUUCCCGGAGGCCAUGAGGACGCUGCUGCUCCACUGGAUGGGACUGAGCCAAGAGGCGGACGCGGCCAAGCGACGCAGCGAGUAUCCCAUCCUGCUUCUCAUCCUGGAGUUCGCCAACCACAACCUCAUCACCGGCGUGGCUCACGUCCUCUACUCCACUCUCAUAUGCAAAUAAAUAUCAGUAUUCAUUUAGUCAAAGCUACUUUUCUGUAACAUUUUGGAAUCGAAUGAUUUUGCAUCAUCUUCUUUCAACUUUAAGAUGAGAUGAGGACCACUGCUAUAUUUGUCACAUUUUGUUCAAAUAUCAUGCGGUCUAAAACCAAUCCAAUCUACUGCAGGUCAAAAUAUACACUAUAUACAGUACAGGCCAAAAGUUUGGACACACCUUCUCCUCAUUCAAUGCAUUUUCAAGACUAUUUACAUUGUAGAUUGUCAUUGAAGGCAUCAACACUAUGAA